CUUAAACAUAACGCAACAAAGGUAAGACUAUACUCUUACCAUUUAAUGUUUCUAAAAAAAUAAUAUUUGCACCGAUAACAGAAAAUUAAAAAAAAACAAUCAUGGGCGAACACACGAUAGAAAACUUACAGGAAGUGCUAAGUGGGUACAUUAAAAAGGGUCAAAGAAUUUCGGACAAGAAGAUUACGAACCUGACUGCUCCCGGAGAUAAUUACGGUAGUAUAAUGUUGAAGUUGGACGUAACACUGAAGGACGAAAGUGAUGGUACGGAAGAGGAACUACAUGCCGUAGCCAAAAUGAUCCCUGAACAAGAAUUUGUAAGAAAGAUAUUCAAUAUUCAAGUAACUUUCAAGAACGAAGUGGCAAUGUAUAAUGUCAUAGCACCCACACUGCGAGAUUUUCAACGGGAGAACGGGGUUAACGAAGUUAUUGACUGUUUCCCAGAGUUUUACGGUGCUAGGAUAAAUCUGGGAGAACAAAAUGGUACUGUGGAUGAGAAUGCGGUACUGAUAUUAGAAAAUUUGAACUUUAAAAGAUAUCGAUGCGUAGAUCGCUACGUAGGCUUCGACCUAGAGACGACCCAGUUAAUACUCAAAGACUUGGCAGCUUUCCAUGCCAUAUCACUGGCUCUGAAACUGAAGAAACCAGAAGUAUUCGAUGAGAAAAUCAGACCGUACUUGGCUCCAUUCCGUCCUGACCCUAUGCCAUUCGAGGACGAAGUCAAGUCAGUGUUCAUAGAGACUCUUCAAGAGUCAUACAAAUGUAUACCUUGGAUACCAAAAGUCAGAGACAUUUUCAAGAACGCAAGAGAAGCACGAGAUGUACCGCCAAAGGAACCAUUCGCGACACUAACUCACGGGGACAUGUGGUUAAAUAAUACUAUGAUAAAAUUUCAGAACAAGGUACCUGUUAGCAACAAGAUGGUUGACUUUCAAGUCUGCGACUAUAAAUCACCAGCCACAGACCUGUUCUUCUUUCUCUUCGUAAAUGUUCAGCAAUCUGUACUGCAGGACGAUUUCGACGGUUUGAUUAAAUUUUAUCACACACACUUCGUUUCCCAUUUGGAGAAGUUGAAAUGCGACACUGCUCCUUUUAGUUUACCUAAGUUUUUAGAAGAAAUGAAAGCUGCGGCGCCAGUUGAAGUCGAGCAUUGUUUUAAUUUUAUAUUUAUAAUUUUUGGGGAAAAGCUAUCUUCCCCAGAAUUCGAUCCGUCAGCACCAUUUGAUCUGAAAAGAUUAAAAGCAAGCAUAAACUUGACUACGAAGGAGAAAUUCUGGAAUCUAAUCCAUACAAGCGGCAUGAGAGGAUGGCUUAUCAAGUUGCACACGCCAGUUAAAAAAAUAAUCAUGGGCGCACACACGAUAGAAAACUUACAGGAAGUGCUAAGUGGAUGCAUUAAAAAGAGUCAAAGAAUUGCAGACAAGAAAAUUACUAACUUGACUGCUCCCGGAGAAAACUUUGGUAGUUUAAUGUUAAAGUUGGAUGUAACACUGAAGGACGAAAAUGAUGGUACUGAAGAGGAACUACAUGCUGUGGCUAAAAUGAUUCCUGCUACGGAGUUCCAAAGAACGCUGUUCAACACCCAAGUGACUUUCAAGAACGAAAUUGCCAUGUAUAAUGUCAUAGCACCCGCACUUCGAGAUUUCCAAAGGGAAAACGGGAUAAAUCAAGUAAUUGACUGUUUCCCGGAAUAUUACGGAGCUAGGAUAAAUCUAGACGAACAAAAUGGCACUGUAAAUGAGGAUGCAGUUCUUAUACUGGAAAAUCUGAACAUUAAAGGAUAUCAAGUCGUAGACCGCUACAAAGGCUUCGACCUAGAGACGACCCACUUAAUACUCAAAGACUUGGCAGCUUUCCAUGCUAUACCACUGGCUCUGAAACUGAGAAAACCAGAAGUGUUCGAAAGCAAAAUCAAGCCGUAUCUGGCUCCAUUCGUACGACCUUCUUCGCCUCAUGAUGAACAAUUAUACUCGACAUUCAUUGAGAUCUUUCAGGAGUCAUACAAAUGUAUACCUUGGAUUCCAAAAGUGAAAGAGAUUUUUAAACUCAAUAAAACACGUCAAAAUAUAUCACCAAGAGAGCCGUUUUCAACCAUAACUCAUGGGGAUACGUGGGUAAAUAAUAUCAUGAUAAAAUUUCAGAACCGCCUACCAGUUGGCCACAAAUUAGUUGAUUUUCAAAUUUGCGACUACAAUUCUCCAGCCAUAGACGUGUUCUUCUUUCUCUUCACAAGCGUUCAACUGUCGGUGCUUCAAGACAAUUUCGACGGUUUGAUCGAAUUUUAUCACAAGCAUUUCAUUACUCAUUUGGAGAAGUUGAAAUGCGAUACUGCUCCUUUUAGUUUACCUAAGUUUUUAGAAGAAAUGAAAUCAGCGGCGUCACUCUACUUAUUACAGACUAUCAUCAUGUUACUCAUUGUAGUAUAUGGGAGAAAGGGGGGUUCUUCGCAAGAUUUUGAUCCUGAGGUGCCGCUUGAAAACGAAAAACUUAAGGCAAACAUAAUCCUAGAAGCGAAGGAAAAAGCCUGGUAUCUAAUUCAUACAUGUGGCACAAAAGGAUGGCUACAAUUUAAAAAAAUAAUCAUGGCCGAACACACGAUAGAAAACUUACAGGAAGUGCUAAGUGAAUACAUUAAGAAAAGCCAAAGUAUUUCGGACAAGAAAAUUACGAACCUGACGGCUCCUGGAGAAAACUACGGUAGUAUAAUGUUGAAGUUGGACCUUACAUUGAAGGAAGAAAAUGGUACGGAAAAGGAACUACAUGCUGUGGCUAAGAUGAUUCCUGGACAGGAAUUCGCAAGAGAGGCGUUCAAUAUUCAAGUGACUUUCAAGAACGAAAUUGCUAUGUAUAAUGUCAUAGCACCCACACUUCGAGAUUUCCAACGAGAGAACGGUGUUAACAAAGUAAUUGACUGUUUUCCAGAGUUUUACGGUGCUAGGUUGAAUCUGGGAGAACAAAAUGGUACUGUGGAUGAGAAUGCGGUGCUGAUUUUAGAAAAUUUGAACUUCAAAGAGUAUCAAUGCGUAGAUCGCCACGUAGGCUUCGACCUAGAGACGGCCCAGUUAAUACUCAAAGACUUGGCAGCUUUCCAUGCCGUACCACUUGCUCUGAAGCUGAAGAAACCAGAAGUAUUCGAUGAGAAAAUCAGACCGUACUUGGCCCCGUUCCGUCCCCCGCCUAUGCCAUUCGAAAACGAAAUCCAGUCACUGUUCUUAGAGAUCCUUCAAGAUUCAUACAAAUGUAUACCAUGGAUACCAAAAGUUAAAAACAUUUUCAACAACGUAGGUGCAGCACGAGAUGCACCACCAAGGGAACCAUUCGCGACACUAACUCACGGGGACAUGUGGGUAAAUAAUACUAUGAUAAAAUUUCGGAACAAGGUACCUGUUAGCAACAAGUUGGUUGACUUUCAAGUUUGCGACUAUAAAUCACCAGCCACAGACCUGUUCUUCUUUCUCUUCACAAGCGUUCAGUUGUCUGUACUACAGGACGAUUUCGAUAGUUUGAUUGAAUUUUACCACAAACAUUUCAUUUCUCAUUUGGAGAAGUUGAAAUGCGACACUGCUCCUUUUAGUUUACCUAAGUUUUUAGAAGAAAUGAAAGCUGCGACGCCGACUGAAGUUGAACAUUGUUUUGGGAUGACGUUAUUUAUAAUUUUUGGGGAAAAGGAACCUUCCACAGGAUUCGAUCCCUCGAUACCACCCGAUGUGGAAAAAAUGAAGGCAGGCAUCAAUUUGGUUGCGAAGGAGAAGAUACGGUUCUUAAUCCAAACAUGCGGCAGAAGAGGAUGGCUAAUCAUGGGCGAACACACGAUAGAAGACUUACAGGAAGUGCUGAGUGGAUGCAUUAAAAAAAGUCAAAGAAUUUCGGACAAGAAGAUUACGAACCUGACUGGUCCCGGAGAAAACUACGGUAGUACAAUGUUGAAGUUGGACGUAACACUGAAGGACGAAAAUGAUGGUACGGAAGAGGAACUACAUGCCGUGGCAAAAAUGAUCCCUGAACAUGAAGUUGCUAGAAAGGUAUUCAAUAUUCAAGUGACUUUCAAGAACGAAAUUGCUAUGUAUAAUGUUAUAGCACCCACACUUCGAGAUUUCCAACGGGAGAAUGGUGUUAAUGAAGUAAUUGACUGUUUUCCAGAGCUUUACGGUGCUAGGUUGAAUCUGGGAGAACAAAAUGGUACUGUGGAUGAGAAUGCGGUGCUGAUAUUAGAAAAUUUGAACUUUAAAGAAUAUUAUUGCGUAGAUCGCCACGUAGGCUUCGACCUAGAGACGGCCCAGUUAAUACUCAAAGACUUGGCAGCUUUCCAUGCCAUACCACUGGCUCUGAAGCUGAAGAAACCAGAAGUAUUCGAUGAGAAAAUCAGACCGUACUUGGCCCCAUUCGGUAAUGAAUCUAAGCCAUUCAAAAAUGAAAUGAACUUACUGUUCUUAGAGAUCCUUCAAGAUUCAUACAAAUGUAUACCAUGGAUACCAAAAGCUAAAAACAUUUUCGAGAAAGUAAGAGCAGCACGAGAGGCACCAGCAAAGGAACCAUUCGCAACGCUAACUCACGGGGACAUGUGGUUAAAUAAUACUAUGAUAAAAUUUCAGAACAAGGUACCUGUUAGCAACAAGAUGAUUGACUUUCAAGUCUGCGACUAUAAAUCACCAGCCACAGACCUGUUCUUCUUUCUCUUCACAAGCGUUCAAUUGUCUGUACUACAGGACGAUUUCGAUGGUUUGAUUGAAUUUUACCACAAACAUUUCAUUUCCCAUUUGGAGAAGUUAAAAUGCGACACUGCUCCUUUUAGUUUACCUAAGUUUUUAGAAGAAAUGAAAGAUGCGACACCGAUUGAAAUUGAGCGUUGUUUUGUGAUGACGUUAUUUGUAAUUUUUCAGAAAAAGGAAGAUUCCACAGAAUCCAAACCCUCGACACCACCCGAUAUAGAAGAAAUGAAGGCAGGCAUAAAUUUAGUUGCGAAGGAAAGGGUACGGUUCUUAAUCCAAACAUGCGGGGAAAGAGGAUGGCUGUAAUGAAAUGUUAUCUUUUUACAGGGUGGUAUUCGACAUUUCCUAAGGGUUCAUUCUAUUUCCCUAAAAGGCCCACGAGAAAUACUUUUAAGAUCGUUGCUUUAAUUUUCGAGUAAAAUCGAAAUAGUAAAACUGCUUUCUGAUAUCUUGGCACGUUUAAGAGAUAAAUAUUUUUUAAUUUCUAGGCAAUUCUUAUGAUCCUCAAGUUUUUUUAUAAACCAAACUUAGAUUAUUUAAAAUA